AGAAAACAAAAGAAAGAAAAAAAAUUCUGCUACUCGAUCGCCUAGUAUUACUAUUAUCUACUUUGUUUUAUUACAAAAAUAAAAUAAAAUGCAUGCCAGGAUCAACACUGCCUACUUGGUAAAUCUCUUACAAACCUCCAUUGACACCAAAGCUUACACUGCAGGCAAACUUCUCCAUGCCCAUAUACUACGAAUUGGCCUUUCUGCUGAUACAUUCCUCCUAAACCGUCUCAUAGAAUUGUAUUCCAAAUCUGGUCAUAUUCACACCGCACGACACCUGUUCGAUCAAAUGCUUCAACCAAAUAUAUAUUCUUGGCACUCCCUCUUGACUGCUUAUUGUAAGCAAGGUCAGCUUGACAACGCCCAUGAGCUAUUUUCGAAUAUGCCUGAAAGAAAUAGUGUAUCAUGGAACACUCUCAUCAGUGCAUUUGCUCGAAACCGUCAUGAAACAAAGGCCUUGGAGGUUUAUUCUCAAAUGAACGCACAUGGUUUCUCACCGACCCAUAUCACAUUCGCCAGCGUUUUAAGCGCCUGUGGUGGGUUGGCUGAAUUGGAGUACGGCAGGGUGUCUCAUGCUUCUGCUGUCAAGUAUGGGCUUCACAAGAAUGUGUAUGUUGGGAAUGCUUUGUUGAGCUUGUAUGUAAAAUGUAGCUGCCCUUGGGAUGCGUUGAUAGCCUUUAGGGAGUUGGAUGAGCCUAAUGAGGUUUCCUUCACGGCAAUGAUGUGUGGAUUGGUAGAUAAUCACCAAGUGGAAGAGGCAUUUGAAAUGUUUAGGUUAAUCCAGAGGAGUGGAAUUAGGAUUGACUCUGUUUCAUUGUCUAGUGUACUGAGAGGUUGCGCUAAACGUGGGGGUUUGAAUUUUGGUUGGAAUGGUGAGACUGAUAGUGAUCUACCUAAUACGCAGGGGAAGCAAGUCCAUUGUUUCACCAUUAAACUUGGAUUUCAAGGAGACCUUCACGUGUGUAACUCCUUGCUUGACAUGUAUGCAAAAAAUGGUGACAUGGAAAGUGCUGUAGUAUUGUUUGGAAACCUUUCUGAAACUAGUACUGUUUCUUGGAAUGUUAUGAUAAGUGGGUUUGGACAGAAUCAUGAUAAAGAAAGAGCGAUGGAGUACAUGGAAAGGAUGCGGGGUAUGGGUGUUGAACCAGAUGAGGUUACUUACAUAAAUAUGCUCACGGCUUGUGUUAAAUCAGGGGAUGUUGAAAAUGGCCGCUUGAUAUUUGAGAGCAUGGCUUGCCCUAGCUUGAUUUCAUGGAAUGCUAUUCUUUCAGGCUAUUCACAGAAUGAGGAACAUCUCAAGGCACUAAAGCUUUUCAGAGAGAUGCAAUUUCAAAAUCUGCGACCUGAUCGGACCACUUUGGCUAUCAUACUUAGUUCAUGUUCUGAGAUAGGGUUUCUAGAAAGUGGGGUGCAGGUCCAUGCUACUUCAUUAAAGUGUGUCUGUCCUAGAGACAUAUAUAUAGCUAGUGGUCUUAUUGGUAUGUACCUAAAAUGUGGUAGAGUAGAAGCGGCUGUACGUAUUUUUGAUGGGCUCACUCAAGCAGAUAUAGUCUGUUGGAAUUCUCUAAUUACUGGUUUAUCCUAUAAUUCAUUGGAUAAAGAAGCUUUUACUUUCUUUAAGCGAAUGCUACAGAUGGGGAUGUUACCUAAUGAGUUUUCAUUUGCUACUACACUGAGUUGUUGUACAAAGCUAUCCUCAUUAUCGCAAGGGAGACAACUUCAUGGGCUGAUAAUUAAAGAUGGGUAUGCUAAUGAAGUUGUAGUUGGAAGUACUCUGAUUGACAUGUAUUCCAAAUGUGGCGAUGUAGAUGAGGCCAGGGUACAUUUUGACAUGAUGCCCUAUAAGAAUACAAUUACAUGGAACGAAAUGAUACAUGGCUAUGCACAAAAUGGUUGUGGAGAUGAAGCUAUUUUCUUGUAUGAAGACAUGAUUUGUUCAGGAGGAAAACCUGAUGUUAUAACUUUUAUUGCCGCUCUAACUGCUUGUAGUCACUCUGGGCUUGUCAGCCUGGGGCUUAAGAUAUUCAACUCAAUGCAGCAACAAUAUGGGUUGAUGCCACUUGUUGAUCAUUACACUUGCAUGAUUGAUUGUUUGGGUCGCGCUGCCCGGUUUAGUGAAAUAGAAGAACUCAUUGAUAAGAUGUCAUGCAAAGAUGACUCUGUUGUCUGGGAGGUUUUGCUUAGUUCCUGUAGGCUCCAUGGAAAUGUAACUUUAGCAAGGCGGGCAGCAGAGGAGCUAAUCCGUCUUAAUGCGCAGAAUUCCGCCCCUUAUGUGCUUCUAGCAAAUAUGUAUACAUCGUUAGGGAGAUGGGAUGAUACAGAGGAAAUUAGAGCUGCUAUGUUGGAAAGGCAGGUAACUAAGGAUCCUGGUUUUAGCUGGGGGUGAAUUUUUGAAUAAGUAGCAAGUGUAGCAGGCUGCUUUAAAUUUUGACAGACAGCUUAAGUUAAAGAUGCCCCUGUUUGCUAAUGGCAGGAAAUUUUUGCAUCUGUCUCAACUACUUGUAGGUAGUUGAUAUGCUCUGUUAUAGCUGAUCAAGCUCGGAUUUCUCAAAAGGACCUUCCAAUUUUUUAGAUAUUAUUUCAAUGUACUGUUUAGUCUCCGUAAAAAGCACUAUUUCUUGGCCAAUGUCAUAGGCGGGUCAUAGAUUUCUCGUGUGUAGUAGCUUCUCAUUUUCCCAAUCGAGGGAUAAAAAUUCUGGAUAUUCUUCUUUC